AUGGACUUGCCUGCGCUUCCCAUUGCCAUCGACCCGGUGGCUUUGGUGACUACGGAAUGCAUAACUGUCACCUCGUCGAUGCGCAAGCAUGCCCGCUGGGCUCACUCCUCCGUCUCCGCCAUUCUGGGCGGCAAUGGAGCAUCUCGUGUUUAUGAACGGGACACAUCUGCUCCCCCGAGCCCGAACCCCCGCCGGACCGCUCAGCCGACUCGGAGCGAAGAUGAUCAUGUCCUGGCCAAUCGUUGGGGCCUGCGAGGGAAGAAGGGGAAGAGCAUGCAGGACAAUCCGUUGAUAUCUGCCUUCACACGUCUCAGGAGUGAUCUCAAAGGAUGUAAAGACAUCAGAACUUUUGAUACCCCGGCUUUACUCCACCCAUUCUUACAGGUCGUCCGAUCCUCCUCAACCUCUGCCACAAUCACCUCCAUCGCCUUGGUCUCCAUUACGAAGUUCUUUUCCUACAAUAUCGUCAAUACAAACUCCCCGCGACUCUCUAUGGCAAUGCAGCUGCUCUCGGCUGCGAUCACACACUGCCGAUUUGAGGCAAGCGAUUCCUCGGCGGAUGAGAUCGUCCUACUGAGGAUCCUCAAGUUGAUGGAAGGCAUACUUUCACGCCCUGAGGGCGAGCUCUUGGGCGACGAGAGCGUUUGUGAAAUGAUGGAGACUGGGUUGAGCAUGUGCUGCCAAGGUCGUCUAUCAGAGGUGCUGCGGAGGUCUGCCGAAAUGGCAAUGGUGAAGAUGUGCCAGGUGAUCUUCAUGCGCCUGUCGCACCUGGAUGAGAAUAUGCCCGCAGGACCGGACCCCUUCGCUGGCGAAGACACCAAAAAUGAUCCAUCAUCGCGUUUGAAGAUGGACCCCUCUGUCAACGGAGACACGGUCACAUCGCAGCACCUGUCAGCUAUCAGUGCGGAUACAGCAGCAGCAGAUCGACACAGUACCAGUCGGGAGGGGACACCCGAUCCGGCUGGCGCUGGCAAUGCCCCAGCGGCAGCUGCACCCCCAAGUCCUACUGAUGAUCCUGUAUCCGAGGUUCAGCCAUACUCCUUGCCGUCCAUAAGAGAGCUGUUUCGUGUUUUGAUAGACCUUCUGGAUCCCCACAAUCGUCAACAUACUGAUGCUAUGAGGGUGAUGGCACUUCGUAUCAUCGAUGUCGCGUUAGAGGUAGCAGGCCCCUCUAUUGCCCGACACCCCAGCUUGGCAGCCCUGGCCAAGGAUGAUCUCUGUCGAUACCUUUUCCAAUUGGUCAGAUCAGAGCACAUAGCCAUCCUCACAGGUUCAUUGAGGGUUGCUGGUACAUUGCUGUCGACCUGCCGACCGGUUUUGGUUCUCCAGCAAGAACUGUAUAUCUCGUACCUUGUGGCCUGUCUACAUCCUCGCGUUGAAAUACCGCGGGAGCCUGGCAUUGAUCCAUCGCUUUAUGAAGGCAUACCCCAAUCACCAAAAUUGGUCAAGCAGCCACCCUCGCAGACAAAUAGUGGAAGGUCUACUCCUGUCCCCGUGAGAGACCGACAAAAACUAGGACUCGAAGGCGGAUCGAGGAGGCCUGAGGCCCGAGAAGCCAUGGUAGAAAGCAUCGGCGUUUUGUCACGGAUACCGAGCUUCAUGACCGAGCUUUUUGUCAACUACGACUGUGAGGUGGAUCGGGCAGAUCUGUGUGAAGACAUGAUUGGACUUUUAUCUCGCAACGCUUUCCCGGAUUCUGCCACCUGGAGCACUACUAAUGUACCGCCGCUAUGCCUCGAUGCUCUUUUAGGCUACGUGCAGUUCAUCCACGACCGGCUAGAUGAUGAACCAGUACAAGGAGAUUACCCCCCACAAGAACGCCUGCGCAAGCAACGCGAUACCAAAAAGCUCAUCAUCAAAGGAGCCCAAAUCUUCAACGAGGACCCCAAGAAGGGAAUUGCGUUCCUUGGAGGCCAUGGUGUGAUUGAAGAUGUGCAGAACCCUGUUCUGGUGGCUCGUUUCCUCAAAGGAACCUCCCGUCUGUCGAAGAAAAUUCUUGGAGAGUACAUCUCUAAGCGCGGCAAUGAAGAUUUGCUCGGCGCAUUCGUGGAUUUGCUCGACUUCUCGGGACGCAAUGCAGUCGAAGCAUUGCGAGAGCUGCUUAGCUCAUUCCGUUUGCCUGGCGAAUCACCUCUCAUUGAACGAAUUGUUACAAUAUUUUCUGAACAUUACGUGGAGAAAGUACAGCCCGAGGGCAUUGCAGACAAAGACGCACUUUACGUCUUGACUUACGCCAUCAUCAUGCUGAACACGGAUCAGUAUAAUCCCAACGUGAAGCCGCAGAAUCGUAUGACAUUCACCAGUUUUGCGAAAAACCUACGUGGCGUGAAUGGCGGAGGGGACUUCACAGAGGAGUUCUUACAGGAGAUUUAUGACUCCAUCAAGAAUAACGAGAUCAUUCUCCCCGACGAGCACGAAAACAAACAUGCUUUUGACUACGCCUGGAAAGAGCUGUUGCUGAAGUCUUCAUCCACCGGUGAUAUGGUCAUUGGAGAGACUAACGUGUAUGAUGCUGAAAUGUUCGAGGCUACAUGGAAACCGGUGAUUGCGACUCUCUCUUAUGUCUUCAUGUCUGCCUCGGAUGACGCUGUUUACUCUCGCGUGGUCAAUGGAUUUGUACAGUGUGCACAAAUUGCUGCGCGUUAUGGUUUAAGUGAUGCGUUCGACCGCAUCGUCUUCUCUCUAUCAUCGAUCAGCACAUUGUCUACCGAUAAACCUCCUAGCACAGCUCUCAACACAGAAGUUCAAGCAGGCCAAAAGAGCGUAAUGGUCAGCGAGUUGGCGGUCAAAUUUGGCAGAGACUUCAGAGCACAGUUGGCCACUGUGGUACUUUUCCGAGUCCUUGCCAACAAUGAGGCCACAGCCAGACAAAGCUGGGAGCAUAUUGUGCGCAUUUUGACCAAUUUGUUCAUCAAUUCUCUCAUUCCACCAUUUGAUGCUCAAUUUACGUCCGAGCUUGAAAUUUCCCCGAUCCCCCUCCAGCCUCCAUCGCAAGUUGUUGAUCGGGAUGGACGCAACAAUGACACGGGCCUUCUGUCUGCUUUCACAUCCUACAUUUCCAGUUAUGCGGCAGACGAUCCCCCAGAGCCUUCAGACGAGGAGCUCGAUAACACACUUUGCACUGUCGACUGCGUGACGUCGUGUUCGAUACCCGAUAUUCUAGCCAAUAUCAAAUCUCUCCCCUUGUCUUCUUUGGGGAUGCUUGUUGAAGCUCUCUUGUCUCUGCUUCCCGAAGAUAACGCACCGGCAGUCAUUGUUGUGAAGUCCGAACGGCCGACACCCACGUCAAGAACUGGAAACAACAGAGUCGACCCCAACCAGCCCAAAUAUGACCCCUCAAUGAUUUUUGUCCUCGAAUUAGCCACUGUGCUCACUCUCCGGGACGAAAAGACUUUGGAAGUGCUUGGCGAAAAUCUCGCAACAACCCUGCAGACACUGGUGCGCGAUGCGAAGAAUCUCCAUCCAUUGGCCGUAUCCCGCGUUGUUUCUUACCUCCUCAAUUUAUUGCGACUUAGCCAUGAUCAACACUUUAUGCGAGUGCCGGUCGUGCUCCACGCCAUUUCUGGAUUCGACCAGGAUAUUUUGGAAACUGUGGCCACGGCUACGGUCAAGGGCCUUUCCAGGUGCAUUGCCCACACUGGCCGUCUAAGAAAUGAGAUCACCAUAUCUCCGGACUUCUGGUCAAUCUUGCAAAGACUCCACCAAUAUGAAGCGGUCGCACCCCUUGUCUUCGAGCUUCUUCGAAGCAUCGUUCAGUUAAUGCCCGAUAUCAUUACCGCCGACAAUUACGAGUUUGUGGUCAGUUUGGCCAACGACUUCGUAACUGCUGGGCGCGUGGGAUCCAUUGAAGAACGACACAGGGAUGCUCAGGCUCGUCGUAACAAGAAUAUCAAACAAUCCAAGCCAAGUGAAAACCAAGUUGUGACUCGCGGGGUCAAGGCAAUUGGUUUGAUCUAUCACCUCACCGGACGUGUUCCGGCUCUUAUCAAGCAAUCUCACCUCGAGGAGCAUGAAGCCUGGGCCGCCUACUGGUCACCUAUCUUCCAAUCCUUGACCAGUCAAUGCAUCAACCUCUGUCGCGAUAUUAGACAUCAUGCCAUCAGCACACUUCAGCGAUCUCUUCUUUCCGCCGAACUUAUCUCAAGUGACGAUAGUGAGUGGACUAGCAUUUUCGACGAAGUUUUGUUCCCGCUCGUGCUGCUCCUAUUGAAGCCCGAGGUCUACCACUCAGACCCUGUUGGCAUGGGCGAGACCCGAUUCCAAGCCGCAACCUUGGUCUGCAAGAUCUUCCUGCGAUUCCUUGAUCAGCUUCCAAACCGAGCUGGCGUGCUCCCGCUUUGGCUCAGAAUCUUGGACAUUCUUGACCGUAUGAUGAACAGUGGCCAGGGUGAUAGUUUGGCAGAGGCAGUUCCUGAGAGCUUGAAGAACAUCCUUCUGGUCAUGGCUGAUGGAGGAUAUCUUAUCCCCCCAUCCCAAGACCCGAGCAAAGAGGAAAUCUGGGUCGAAACUCGCAAGCGACUCGGCCGCUUCUUGCCAGAUCUCUUUGCUGAGGUGUUCCCUGACCCUCCGAAGGAGUCUGAAAAGUCUCAUUCCGACACUGCUGUAUCAUCUCCCACCCAGGCCAGUGAGGCAGAGCCAAAGAACGAAGAAACUAGCACACCGCAAGACAACACUGAGACACAGGCCACCCCGCAAAAGGUGGAAGGUGUCCCUUCAUAA